UGAUCUUGAAGUGUGGACGGGAGGACGCAGGUUGCUCGCUCUCCGUCUUCUCGCUGAGGGGGUCGUGUCUCUCUCUCUCUCUCUCCCUCCUUCGUUCCCCCCUCCCCCUCUCCUUUGAUUCUACAGAACGUGUCUUGUCCUCGAAGAAACCGAGUUCGAGUAAUUCUAUCGAUGACGUCACCUUCCUCGAACCCGGGAGGAGGAGCAACUGCCCGACAGAUUGUGUGUCGGGCCGGGUCUGCAUUCCGGCCGAGAUCGGGGGCUGCGUCGUCGGGUCAGCGCGGGGAACGGGUCGGGAACGCAGGCGGUGGCGCUGACGGAUCUUGGGUUGGAUAAUCAACAUGUCACGAGAGACGUUCAGAAUAGUGGUGGCGGCGCUGGCUCUGGGUCUGCUGAAUGGCACAUUCGGAGCGUCGACCCAACAGGCGCAAGACAACGCAAUAUCCGAUCGAGAAACUUCAAAUUCUUUCGACAAGGGCGCUGUGCUUGGAGAAACCUGCGUCAUCAACAAGCACUGUGUUGUUGCGAAGAGUGUGUGCUCGGAGGGACGUUGCAGCUGUCCUCAGCACUAUCUUCAGCUGGAUAAGACUACGUGUUUACCAGGCGUGCUCCUCGGCUUCCGGUGCCAAGUGGACGCGCAGUGCAGCAUGCGGGUCGGCCACUCGGCGUGCAUCCAGGGCUUCUGCAGGUGCGGCGCCAACUACGUCCCCUACAGGAGGAACAACUGCCUCAAACGUGCCGUGUUGGGGCAAGUCUGCCGGACCCACGAGCAGUGCCGCCUCGGAGCCUCUGGGAGCUUCUGCAGCUUCAUAGUGCCACGAGUCUACGGGCAUUGCGAGUGCCUCGACCUGGCCCCGCGCAUCGGCAACACCUGUGGGCAUGUGAGAUACUCUCUCGGCUCGCCCUGUGGCACGAGCGCCCAGUGCAGUGCCCACGUGCCCGGCUCCGUGUGUGUUAUCCAGAAGAACGAGGUGUCCGAAGAGAGGGUCUCCCCCAACAGCAUCUCCGCCAUACCCGGGGUGUUCCCGAUGCCCAUAGGUGUGCCCAGGGCCGUGUGCGCGUGUCCCCCGGGGCAUCUGGAGGGCGAGGACGGGGCCAGGUGCAUCCCCGUGCUCAAAGACGCCGGCGUGAUCCCCGCUUCCCUGGGCCAGCGCUGUGAGUCGUCGCGCCAGUGCAGGGAGUCCGACCCCUACACGUUCUGCCGAGGGGGCGUGUGUCACUGCAUCGCCGACACGCCCCAGUGCUCCGCCUCCAACACGGGCUGCCACAAAGACACAUUCCAGUGCGCUUCGGACGGUCGCUGCCUCAGCUGGUACUUCGUCUGCAACGGCGUCAGGGACUGCUUCGACGGCUCUGACGAGGACUCCUGCGUGCCCCACAGGUGUCCGAAGCUGGCCCACACCUGCGCUGACGGCACCUGCAUCUCGAGGGCGCGGCUGUGCGACGGGAAGGUGCAUUGUCCGGACGGCUCCGAUGAGGCCAACUGCCGCGGAGCCUCGUGCCCUUCGUCGACCUUCCAGUGCGGUGACGGUCGCUGUCUUCCCGCCUUCGUCUUCUGCAACGCGAAGGCGACGUGUCUGGACGGGAGCGACGAGGACGAGGAGGCGUGUAUCCAGGGCUCCAUCACCGCCCGCUUCUGCCCCUUCAGGUGUGGCAAUGGGAGGUGCAGAUCGACCGCCAUUCUCUGCUCCGGCUCCGACGGCUGUGGAGAUAACAGCGACGAGGAAAAUUGCUCGGUUUGCAGUUGCACGAGACCGACAAUAGCGUAGCAGUGACAAGCAGAAGAGAAAACGCAAGCCCCUCCCCCACCCUCCUCCCCCCCCCCCCAGCUCGACCUUCGAUACACCGACGCAGCUCUGAAGUCGAUCCAUUUCACCGUUGUAUGAUUACUUAUCCUUUUUGCAUAUACGCAUUUUAAGGGGGAUUUAUAUGGGAAAAAUGGCUGGAGUGUAAGACAGCUUUUGGGGAAGGGAGAUAACACAGGGGCGGCCGUUGUAUCCCAGGUGGUAGUUAGGCAUGUACGGGCUUAACAGUGCCGUUGGUUGUUGCUGUAAAGUGGGUAUUUAGCCAGGAGGUCAGUAACUAAAAUGUUUUUUAAGAGCUUGGUUAAGACGCUCUGAAUUUUAGGAUUCUUAAAUCCCAAUGAUAAGAAUCAGUGAUGUAUUUUUAUGACACGAUUCGAUUUAUGACAGAAGCCACAGGUGUAUAAUUUCUUUUAUUAGAGAUUUGAGGUGUGGUAAUAGUAAAAUUUUAGUCAUAAGAGCAGAACGAUUUUACAUCUGAUAACGCCGCGCCAUUCAGUCAAUACCAGGCAAUAGAGUAAUAAUUUGACCUUUCCUGACCUUACUUUUUAUCAAGUAAAAUGUUGUAAAUACACGUUAAAAUAUCCUUAUUUUGGAUACACAGAGAAUGGAUGACAAAAUGCACAUUUUCCCCUAGUUCCAAGCAUGAUUUUUUUCUGUAUCUUAAUUUCAGGUUAUCGACAUUAUAAUGUUCUAAUGGAAUGUAACCUUGACGAGCUUUUGAGAAAAAAAAAUGUAUAUCACGAUGACAGUAUAUAUGAAAUGAUAACAAUGCAGUUCUUUGUGCUAUAUCCAAGCGUCCUUCAUGGAUAUUUCAUGACUACAGCUUUGUUGAAAAUGAAAACAGAAUGGUGACCUCUGAUGCUCUUAUUAUUGUUAUUAUUUUUUUCUUCUUUUUCUUUUGGAUAAUUUUCGAAUGGCACUUGAAUGGUCUAUCCUUGCGAUUACCACAUUCAGAUUUUAUAAGUGAUAAUUUAUUAUCAAGUUUGCAAUAAAGUAGACUUUAUUAUCAUCAUUAUUAUGUAUUUUCUUUUCAAUAUUACCAUUAUUCUUGUGAUCAUUAUUGUCUAAUUAUUGAUAUUAUCAUCAUUAUAUCAGUAAUAAUAUUGAUAAUAGUAAUGAUAAUGAUAAUAACAAUGAUUAUUAAGAUCAUAAUGAUAAUAAUGGUGAUGAUAAUAAUAAUCAUUAUCUCAUUUAGGUGCUUUUCAUAUGUCGCCAUUCUCUUGUCAUAUAUUCUAAGGUAAUUUGUGUCCGUAUGUGUGUUUCAUGGUGCUAUGUGUGAGUAAUGUUAUUGUGACUUUGUGAAUGGAAUUUUUAUACGUGUUCACUUACUUAAGAACAUUUUCUCUUAAUAACACAUUACUUUCUUAAAGUCACUUUAAUGUAAUUAUUUGUAUAUUUAAUAUCUUUUGAUAUUGUAUUGUAUUUUAAGUUCUUUUUUCAACAUAAUA